AUUAAUUGUAAAUUGUGUCUGUUGAGAAGGUAUUGAGAGAUUCCCUCUCUCUCUCUCUACAGCCUCCACCACCACCAUGUUCAAGAGCUCUGCAUCAAUCAGCAUUUCUGUUUUUUCCCUUUAAUUAGACACAAUUAUUUUAUGCUUCAUUCAUCUCAAGACCCAAACACACACCUCUUCAUUGUUUAGAGCAGAAAAAAUCAGUUAUUCAUAAUUAAUUAUCUUCUGCUUCUUCCAAUCCCAAAGAUGCUGCUUUCUCGCAUGUACAUUCUCUUGCUGCUGCUAUGUCUCAUUUGCUCUUCCUAUGUUGAAGCUGCCACUUCCUUCAAUCUCACCCUCUCUCAUCAGCACCCCAACCCUGAUUUUGUAGCUCUACAAGUCAGAAGGAGUGUGAAUGAAUCGCUAUCGAAACGCCGCCAGAUUCUUGAAACACCCUUGAGUAGUAAGGCACAGUCACAAUGCCUGACCGGGAACCCCAUAGACGACUGCUGGCGAUGUGACUCCAACUGGGGAAACAACCGGCAGCGCCUGGCUGACUGCGCUAUAGGGUUCGGCCAGAGUGCGAUGGGGGGCAAAGGGGGCCGUUUCUAUGAGGUGACGGACUCCUCUGAUCACGACACAGUCAGUCCGACCCCUGGCACCCUUCGUUAUGCUGUCAUCCAAGACGAGCCCCUCUGGAUCACCUUCAAGUAUAACAUGGUCAUCAAGCUCAAGCACGAGCUGAUUGUCAACAACUACAAGACCAUAGAUGGGCGUGGUGCCAAUGUGCAGAUCACGGGGAAUGGAUGCAUCACAUUGCAGUAUGUGAGCAACGUCAUCAUCCACAACGUGCACAUUUACAACUGUAAACCGUCUGGGAACACUGAUAUUAGGUCGAGCCCCACCCAUGUUGGCCACAGGGGGAAGUCGGAUGGUGAUGGCAUAUCAAUCUUCAGUUCGAGGAACAUAUGGAUCGAUCAUUGCACGCUGUCACAUUGCACCGAUGGAUUGGUGGACAUCAUCAUGGGAUCUACGGCUAUUACUGUGUCGAAUAACUAUUUCUCUGAUCAUAAUGAGGUUAUGCUGCUCGGGCAUGAUGACAAGUACUUGCCCGACUCGGGAAUGCAGGUCACAAUAGCCUUGAACAGGUUCGGACCGGGGCUCGUGCAGAGGAUGCCAAGAAUAAGGAGGGGCUACGUCCAUGUGGUGAACAACGACUAUUUUCAGUGGAAAAUGUACGCGAUUGGAGGCAGUGCUAGCCCGACUGUGAAUAGUGAGGAUAACCGCUUCACUGCACCAGCUGAUCCAAGUGCGAAAGAGGUGACGAGACAUGAGGAUACGAGUGAGGGGGGGUGGGCCGACUGGAAUUGGAGGACGGAUGGGGACUUGAUGGUGAACGGUGCAUUCUUUGUGUCAUCCGGUGAAGGGGCUACGAUGCAGUAUGCCAAGGCCUCGAGUUUCAACCCUAAAUCGGCUAGCCAAAUCGAACAACUAACCAUGAAUGCCGGUGUUCUUGGUGGCACAAGGGACAAUAGCGUCAGCUCAUAUGGUGGCGGGUCCACCACCGUGACAGGCGGCGGGAGCGGCGGCGGAGGGUCCAGCGGUGGUGGAGGUGACUAUUUUGGGAUGAUAUUUGCGGGCAGCGCCGCCGUAAGAGGGCCAUCGCCGCCCACCAUUUUGUUUUUAUCUUCCCUAAUUAUUUUAAUGUUGUAUAUUUCCUCCUCCAUUGUUAAUGGUUUGGUAUGAUUAAAACCUCAUUCAUUUUAAUAUUUGAGGUGCAAGAAAAAGGGAAAAGGAAAUCAAUAUUUUUGUGGGGGGCCAUUGAUUCCUCGAUCCAAA